AUGAAAGUAGUCCGGCUUUGGUUGGAUAAGGUACCAUCACCAACGGACAUUGAUGUACUGGAAUGUGGAGGUCACGAAAGAGAAGACGCUAUGAAACUCGUGGAGUCCGCUGCGUUUCUUUUAUCUCGAAUGAGUACACACAAAAUGAACACUACAGGCGAGUUGAACGAAAUGUCUGCGUUGAAUGCUGUCUGUGAAGAGUUGAAACGAAUUGUGGCAGCGACUGCAAAUCACAGCUUAUAUGACUUGGCGUUAGCUACAAAGUGUUUGUCCAUCAUAGGGUCAAAUGCUACUGCUGUAGACUCUCUUCCUGCAUUUGAAAACGAACGCAUUCUCCCGCUUCUACUUGCUCUUGACACGAGUCGGCGUUUAUUGACACAAAAACUUUUGAAAACUACCUACGAUGCAUGUGUUGAGGCACUUCCUACGGCGGGGAUGGACCCUCUAGCUUUGAGUAAAAUGGUGAACGUAUUGUCGCUUACACUUUCACAAUUGGCCAGUCCGCUGACAAACUGCCCAAAUGUCAUCGAGCAGCUUGAUGGUUUGUUUGAGGGCAUCUGGAUGGCUUAUACCGACAGCAAAGCUAAACCUGAUUCACUUACCCGAACAUUUAUCACCUGCAUUAUUUCAGCCGGCUUUUCUCCUACGUCACGAGCUUAA